AUGGACUACAACGAAUCCUGGAACAACACAACAAUAGAUGCAUCACCCUCAUCAUUCACCGGACUCCAGCUUCUGAUGGAACUGAAACCUUUCUUCAUCCCCCUUUACGCCAUGCUGGUCCUUGUAGCGUUCUCUGGAAACCUCCUCCUCCUCAUCCUCAUCGGUCUGAACAAGAAACUUCACAGCACCACAAAUUUCCUAAUUGGAAACCUGGCCCUGGUUGACCUGGUAAUGUGCCUGUUCUGCGUUCCUUUGACUGCUUUUUACGCCUUUGAUGAGCGCGGCUGGGUCUUUGGCCAGUUCAUGUGUCAUUUCGUUACCCUGAUGCAGACGGCUGCCGUGUUUGCUGCAGUUUUAUCUCUGACUGCUAUAGCAGUGGACCGUUACAUAGUGGUUGCCUACCCUAUUAGACGGCGCGGAGGACGUUCUUUCUGUGCAUUGCUAGUGUUCAGCAUAUGGCUCUGUGCUUUGGCGAUGUCCACCCCUACUGCCCUACACACAGUGUACCUUGAUCUUAGUGCAGCUGGCCACGAAAUGGUUAUCUGUGAGGAGUUCUGGACCGGGCAAGAGCUCAGUCGUCUAAUAUAUUCGUGUUUUUUCCUGCUUCUUUCCUAUUUCGUUCCUCUAGCAGCGGUAUCCAUUUCCUAUUGUGCCAUUUCAUGCCACCUGCGGCAAAGAGCGACACCUCGGCUCAUGGCCGCCACGCCCUCAAACCAGGAAAAGUGGGGACGGAGAAGGCGCAAGACAUUUCGACUCCUGUUGGUGUCUGUUUUCUCAUUCGCCUUCUCCUGGCUCCCCCUGCAGGUGGUGAACCUCAUCCGUGACCUCGACACCGACUUCGCCAUCUUGAACAAGAAUCACAUCAACGUGAUCCAGGUUUCAUGCCACUUGAUAGCCAUGAGCUCAGCCUGCUACAAUCCCUUCAUCUACGCCUCCCUUCACAACAAGUUCCUAUUGUAUUUGUGCCAGAAAAUAUUUCAAAGAAGAAGACCUCACCAUACCCAGAGCAGCCUCACAACCUCCAGCCGAAUAAUCCGAGUACAUACUUCCAGUACUCUUGUUGACAUUCCCAUGGCCAUUAGCAAGAUAUCACAAGACUGA